CAAAGAUAGGCACCUCUGUACUGUAGAAUAGCGGCCAAACAAGAUGCCUACCUGUGUAUCACGGAUUACCUUACACGUUAAUCAAGCCAAGUCACACCAUAAAUGCAUGCUUAUACAUCUUGGUGAGGCAUUAAUGGGCGGUGAAAAGAGAGAGAGAGUGAGAGAGAGAAAUGGCUUCUACAGAACCAUGGCUACUGGAAAAUGGCAAUCUCAGAUGCCUGACUAUGGAAAUGAAGCAAGGCCAUGGCCACAGCCGGACGGCACAUAACAGGUCUUCUUCUUCUCUGCGCAGGAAAUCGGACCUAACCCUUGUUUCCAAAGUUCGAAAAGUGUUUCUCCGAAAGUUUUUGGUCAAUCUGCAAGAGGUUUUGUUGGGAUCAAAGCUAUCGAUUUUGUUUCUGGCAAUUCCUUUUGCUGUCGCGGCUGAGUGUACAAAAUUUGGAAGACCAUGGGUGUUUGCGUUGAGUUUGCUUGGACUCACACCGCUUGCUGAACGUGUCAGCUUUUUGACCAAGCAAAUAGCUUUCUACACAGGUCCAACAGUUGGAGGGCUUCUAAAUGCUACUUGUGGAAAUGCUACAGAGCUGAUCAUAUCCAUAUUUGCUCUGAUCCGUCAAGAAGUAGAUGUAGUUAAAUACAGUCUACUUGGUUCCAUACUUUCAAACCUUCUUUUGGUUCUUGGAACCUCUCUUUUCUGUGGUGGAAUUGCAAAUCUCAGAAAUGAACAAAAGUUUGAUAGAAAACAAGUGGAUGUGAAUGCCCUCCUUUUGUUGUUGGGAUUGCUUUGCCAUGUUUUGCCCUUGAUGAUUCUAUAUGCUGGAAAUGAAUCCAAGUUGAUAGGGACUGAAAAUCUUGCGCUGUCAAGAGGUAGUUCUAUUGUGAUGCUGAUUGCAUACAUUUCUUACCUAUUUUUCCAGCUAUGCUCUCAUCGGGAACUAUUUGAAGCUUCCGUGGAUGAAGAAGAAGACAGUAGGGUGGUAUCUGACGAAUCAGCCGUGAUUGGAUUCUGGAGUGCAUUUGUUUGGCUAGUUCUAAUGACCGGUGUCAUGGCCCUACUGUCGGAAUAUGUUGUGGGCACAAUUGAGGCUGCAUCAGACUCUUGGGGAUUAUCUGUAGGUUUCAUCAGUGUAAUUUUGCUACCAAUUGUUGGAAAUGCAGCAGAACAUGCUGGGGCUGUCAUAUUUGCCUUUAAGAACAAGCUGCAGGAUAUUUCUUUGGGCGUAGCACUUGGUUCCGCUACUCAAAUUGCCACGUUUGUGAUUCCAUUAAGCAUAAUUGUGGCGUGGAUAAUUGGUAUCAACAUGAAUCUCGACUUCAAUCUCUUUGAAACCAGUUGUCUUGCUCUAUCAAUAAUCGUCACAACAUUCGCUUUACAGGACGGAACAUCUCAUUACCUAAAAGGAGUAGUUCUGCUGCUGUGUUACCUAGUUAUUGGGGCUGGCCUUUUCAUUUUCGGAACUCCAAAUGAUCAUGCUGACAGUGAAACAAAAAUUUCGUAUCAUCUAUCAUCAAAUGAAAAAAUCUUGAAAGAUUUGGUUCCAUGAAAGAUUUGCAUGCAUUUGUUAUUUUUUCAUUGGGCAAACAUGGAGAUCUCUGUCUGUUUACAUAUUAUUCAAUUAGGAGUGAAUACCUGAAGUUUUCAGCAAAAAAAAUAAUGUUUGUUUCACUGUUCUGAGCAUUUUACUGAUCAAUCAAUUAGUGAACUGGCUCGAUUAUGAAAAGUACCGAUAAUUCCGCAUUAUAGUUUAUUUUAUUGA